CCUGUUUUCUUUCACUCUUUGUAAAAUAUAUCCUUAUAUUAUAUAUAAUAAUAAUCCAUUAUCAUCCUUUUUUACACACUCAUAAACACAUAAAUAUACGAUGUCAGUAGUUGCCAACUCACGAGUAUCUUCAGUACCAACCGAAUCACAAUUGUUCAAAGAUCAUUUUAUUGCUGGAGGUACAGCUCUAUCACUAGCAUAUUCUUGUAUGCAUCCUCUUGAUACCAUCAAAACUCGAAUUCAAGCCAAUCUUGCAAACAAUUGGCGAGCUAUCUUUUCAAGAGAAACUGCUCGUAGUCUUGGAAAAGGAUUCUUUGUAUCUGCUAUGGGUGCUGCUGGUCAGGGUGGAGCACGAUUCAGUACAUAUGAACUUUGUAAAAAUCGAAUGUUACCAUCUGUUGCCGACAAGAACAAAUCAUGGACCAUUCCAGUUACAGCCUUAUCAGCAGUUUUGGGUGAUUUGGCCUCUAGUGUUAUCAAAGUGCCUCGUGAAGUUAUUACGGCCAAACUACAAACAGAUCAUUAUGGAGUUGGACGUGCCACUACUGCUCAUGUAAUACGACAAACUCUUAUAGAAGAAGGUCCAAGAGGUCUAUUCAAAGGAUUUUGGCCUAUUGCUGGUCGUGAUUUACCAUUUAUGAUUAUUCUCCUGGUAUCUUACGAAAAUUUCAAGGCUUUCCAUCAUCGAUCAGUCCGUGAAGAUCUUCUCAAGAAAAUGAAAUCAUCUCCUCGUGCUUCCUAUGAACAACAAGUAGUAGCUGGCGCUGCAUUUGAAGAACUUGAAGCUGAUAUCCCUACACUUGAAAGUAUUAUGUAUGGUGGUAUUAGUGGAUUCUUGGCUGGUUACUUUACUACUCCAAUGGAUGUUCUUCGUACUAGAAUGAUUACUCAAAAGAAAGCUUUGGCUAAUACAGGUGGAAAUACUCAACAAAUUACUGUUAUGCAAAUUGCAAAAUCUAUGGUGGAUCGGGUUAAGACAAACAAUUCAGGCAAAUUUAAUCAAUCUGUUGGUAUUUGUCGUGCUUUCUUUUCUGGUGCUAUUCCUAGAAGUGCUUGGUGGUUUGGUAUUUGUGGUAUCUUUUUCCCAACCUAUGAAACUUUGAAAUCCAUCAUGGCCAACCCUUAAUUAUUACUCCUUCCCCCCUCCUUUUUCUUUAUCCUUAAUUUUUUUUUUUUACAUGAUUCCCGAUGUUUAUAUAUAUAUAUAUAUUUGUAUAGUUC